AUGGCAAAGGAAGUAGUUAGAGUAGAGGACGUAGAAUGUUUGUUAACCCAAGAGAGGCUAGGUGAGUUGGAGAGCUAUUACAGCCUUACGGCCGUGAACCCCAUAUUGCCCAAAGGCCAUGAGAGAGCCAACACUCCUCCUCCGGGGAAGAUUACGAUAUACAAGAAGUUUUUGGAAUACGGAUUGCAUUUUCCCUUGAUGCCUAUGUUUAGGAAGAUUGUAGAGGCUUAUGGCCGACCCCUGGCCCAAUACACCCCGAACCUCAUAACCAUAGUCCUGGCCUUCGUGCACGUGUGCAACAAGAUGGGGGUGGAACCAGAUAUUUUCUUGUUCAGGUGCUUUUACAAGCUCGUCCGAUGCGGGAAGAGCUUUCCGGAGUGGUUCAGCUUCACUAAGAAUCCGCACGGACCAUCCAAGGAGUUGGUAGCAAAGAACGAGAGCUCUAAACAUUGGAGGUUGGGAUUCUUCUACGUGGACGCGAACUUCGUCUCUCUUUUUCCGUGGACGUCAGACGAGGGAGGGACAGUCAGCUUGGAUCCGUGGACCAAGAAGGACAAGAAAGAUAUUGAAACCCGGAGGAGGGACUUGGAGAAGUUAGCCGGCUGGAAAAAGACCUAUACCUAUAGGCAAAUUGCGUCGCUAAGCAACCGGAUCAGCUCUCGUAAUCAAGACGUGGAAGAGCAGUACGCCGAAGAGGGGCCGCAAGAGGUCGCCCCGCCUGAGACGGGGGCGGCCUCCUCCGUGCAGACGACGAGGACGCCCGUCGAGGGUUCCAAGAGGGGGAGCUCCUCCGGCCAAUCCUCAGGUCAUUUGAAGAGGAAGAGGGGGGCCUCGGAGGUCGUGGAAGUGGAUCCGCUGUCCUUUAGCCUUCCAGCGAUCCAUGAGUUGUCCUCCUUGGACGAUCUCCUGAAGGAAGGUUAUGCAGAUCCGGGCCGGGGCACCGAUCUGUUCGAGGAUAUACCCGCGGGCCACGCUCUGCUGACCUUCGACCCUCCUCGGGUCGAGUGCUCUGAGUUACCCGAGACUGGAGCGACGAGGCUAGAGGACGACAUGAGACAGGUGAGUGCUUUUGUUUUUACUUCCAAGGGUUCUAUCCCCGUAAAUGUGUUCCCUCACCAACCUAGGAUGUUCCCAUUGCAGGCCGUGCAGGCAGUCAGUACGUUUGUGACAGUAUGCGCGGGCCUGAGAGAGCAGCUAGUCUCGGCCCAGAGGGCAGCCACGAGCGAGGCCAACAGGGCCAGAGACACGGAGGUCAUGUUUAAGGCCUCGGAAGGGAGGAGAGCGCAUCUAGAAGAAGAGAGGAAGCGCCUGGAAGAGGAGAUUGCGAGGGUGAAGGCACAGCUCAAGGACGCGGAGCUGACCCACCGCCUCGAGAUGGAAAGCUUGCUGGCCACGAGUGUCCCGAAGUCUGGGCUGGACACAUACAUCUUGGCAGGGGUCCAGUGGUACCUGGGGUCGACCGAGUUUGCCCUCGGAAUAAACGAUGUCAUGGACCCCGCCAUGGAGAGGGGGGCGAGGAAGGUCGUUUUGGAAAUCGAGGCGGCCCAGAAGAAGAACGACGACAUCCAGCCCAUCCUCGAGAAGUAUGCUGACAGGGACAGGAAAGGGAAGAUGUCCGCGGUGCGACUGCGGUGCAAGGCCCGGAAACAUUUCCGGGAUAUGGAUUUUGCCCGUCUCCCCAUCAUGCAGCAGAUUUCCGAGGCCAGCGCCUCCCUCUCAAAGCCCGAGGACAUUCUGAACAUUCCGGGCAGUCCCUCGUUCGUCUUUCAGAUGCCGAGGGGAACCGAGACGCCCCCCAGCACGCCACCGGGGCCGGAGGAGGAACCUGAGAUAAUAGCAUCCGAUCCUCCACCCCAAGGACAUAACUCUGGCAGCCAAGGAGGAGGAGGAACGUCCACGGAUUCCAACGCCCGCAGCGGAGACAAGGUGAACGACGCAUAG